CCUCCUCUCCCAUUUGCUGCUGUGCGCUUCCCAUCUCCAUCACUGGAGCGCGGACAGGAUGGAGGCGCUGCUGAAUGAGUGGCUGUGGCAGGAGAAGUACUGGCUUCCUCCUGGCAUGCGCUGGCGGGACAUUGAGGUGACGGAGGACGAGGGCCGCUUUCCUCUACCCAGGGAUCUCAUCUACACCUUGCCUCUGGCCUUCGCCUUUAUAGCCCUCAGAUAUGUCUUUGAGAGGCUCAUCGGUGUCCCAUUAAGCAGACAUUUAGGUGUGAAGGACCGGAUUCGGAUUCGAGCUGCUCCCAUCCCAAAGCUGGAGACUUUCUACAAACAGAACAGGCAGCCACCAUCGCAAAGUGAGGUGGCGAGCUUGGGGAAGCAGUGUGGACUCUCUCAGAGGAAGAUCCAGACCUGGUUCAGACACAGGAGGAACCAGGACCGACCAAGCAACACCAAAAAGUGCUGCGAGGCCUCCUGGCGUUUUGUCUUCUACCUCAUAUCGUUCACUGCAGGGCUCGCCUCUUUAAUUAAUACUCCGUGGUUCUGGGAUCACAGAGAAUGUUGGAGGGGUUAUCCCAAACAGCCCGUGGCCGAGGCUCAUUACUGGUAUUACAUCUUGGAAAUGGGCUUCUAUUUGUCACUGCUCCUGUGCGUCUCUGUGGACGUCAAGCGAAAAGACUUCAAGGAGCAGGUAAUCCAUCACAUCGCCACCAUAUUCCUCAUCGGUUUCUCCUACUGUGCCAACUAUGUGAGGGUUGGCACACUGGUGAUGCUGGUGCACGACUCGUCCGACUUCCUCCUCGAGUCUGCCAAGAUGUUUCACUACGCUGGCUGGACGAGGACGUGCGACUCACUCUUUGUCAUCUUCUCUCUGGUCUUCCUGGUGACGAGGCUGGUGGUGUUUCCUGGCAGAGUGGUUCACACAACCCUGGUGGUGUCUCUAGAAUUCUUCCAGCCCUUCUUUGGUUAUUACUUCUUCAACGGCCUUCUGUUGGUGCUGCAAGCCCUGCACAUCUUCUGGGCCUAUCUCAUCCUGCGCAUGGUCUACAAGUUCGUGUUCAUGGGCAAGGUGGAGCGUGAUGAACGCAGUGACGAGGAGAGUGAAGUGGACGAUGAAGAGGAGGAGCCCGAGGAGGAAGGGGACGAGUGCAGCUGGGAGCAAAGAAAGGGCACAAUCAACUCCAAACUGGCAUCGCUGGCUAACAACUGCGUCCUGAACAACCUGACCAACCAGAGGAAUAUAAACAGCAGAAUGCCCAAAGCCAGAUAGUGGAGCAGCCGGCCUUUUCCACGCCGACCGAGCCUCACUGGAAAAAUAAGUUAUUUCCCCCCCCAACCGCCUAUUUGGAGACUCAUUUCUGACAUACGAUACAUACAUGUGUCUUGUGUACAUCCAGCACGGUCCACUGAUGAUUUCAGAUCAGGCUAGGCGAAGACGCACUGAUGAUUGUAAAUCUGCACACCUGGUGUAAGAUUAGGAAGUAACGCCUUGGUUACCGUUAUCCAUACCGCUGCAUACUGUUAAGAUAGAUUUGGCAAAAUAAGGAAAUUUCCUUUUCAACAAAUCAUACAUGUUGUUUUUGCAGAUUUUGUAUUUAUGCUGUUUCUUUCCAUUGUAUUAUAUUUUUUGUAAAUACCUGAACUGUGCUACGAUGCAUUUAUCCUUUCUUUGCUCUUUGUUUGUUUUUACACAAAGUCCAUCUGUUCUGAUCUAAUGUGUGGUCUAACAUGUUUUAAACAGGGCAAACUGAAGCUAGAAUCUAAGUCACUCCCAUAUCUUUCUAUUCACAUACACAGUAUGGUUGAUUGUACAUAGACAACUAAGAAUAUUGAUUGUAGUAAAUCUGUUGAUAAACCACUUUAUAGAUCUAUUUUUUAUGAACCAUUUACUCAACAGGUGAUUUUUAUGUUGUUGCAAUAAUGUGGCAGAAUCUUAAAGGCUACCGCAGAAGUCCCUUAGGGAGGAUAAAGUUAUAUUUUUCUGUGAUAGGAUUUGAUUUAUCACUUUUUAGAAGAGAUGUGGCGCCCCCUGGUGCCCAUAGAAGAACAUGUCCUUGUAGAGAACACACUCUCCAUGUCUGCUAAAAAUGAUGCCUUUACAAAAAACUGUACUGCUCCUAGAAGUAUGAACUUAAACCACAUAUGUGUGUGAGUGUGUGUGUGUUUUGUUUUCUACUUUGACUGUCAUUGUGACGGGCAGCAUGACUUCUCAACAAGUUUUUUUGUUAAGGUUUGCUCUACUGGACUUUAGUUUUGUGCCUUGGCUGCUGUUUUUACACUUUUCUGUGACAAACACUUGAUAUUACGCUCUGUGUGUGAGUAGGAUUACCUUCACUGGACAGUUUUUACUUUGAGCGGUUUUAAUGUUUUGCUUGAAAUGUUAGUGAGGCUGGUAGUGAAUAGGUAAGCCAUGAAAAGUACAUGCACACAGAUGGGCAUUAGUGAAAUGUGAGGUAUUUUAGAUAGCGGAGUUGUCUACAAAGGUCAAAAUGCUUUAUGGCUCAGAUGUAAAUGUAAAGAUUUUUUUAUAAACUUGAUGGCAUAUUUUGAUAUGACAAGACAAGGAACAAGACAUAAUUGGAUUUUACAUGUAUUUUAACCGUGAAAAAAACAUGGCUCAGUGUCUGUAAACUGUCUCCAGGUUUGGCUCCAGAUGGGUCAUCGUGAUUGUCAGCAGUGCAGCACAGAGAUAUUGUUCAGAACCAUCAUAAACUACAGUACACUCAUACACAGUAGGUCAUUCACUACCAGAAACAGGUGUUGCAUAUUCACAGGUUAGUAAGGACAACUCAUGAAGAUACAUGGUGAGAGUAGAAACUGGGUUGUGUGUCUCUGAGCAGGGACUUAAUCACACUGCAGCCCACGACACAAGGUGGAUUUAAAAUGAAGUUAUAGAGCACUCAAAGGGCUGACCCACUAGGUGACACAUCAUGACCCCCACUAGGAUACUGUUUUUAAAUUAAAAAUAGAUAUGAAAGUAGGAGAAAUGUCAUGUUUCCAUGAAAGUAACACUUGACUGUUUUCUUCUGAACGCACACGGACGCUUUGUUGAUUGUGUGGCCAGUUGGAAAGUUUUAAUAAAUUACUUCUAUUGAAUAAAUUAGCCCUGCUGUCUUAUUGUACUAUUCUUGAGUCC